GUACGAGGAGCAGCUCUCGCAGGGGAGACCCGAUCUUCACCUACGCCAGACGCAGUCCACUGAUGCAAGAUUCAAAAAGGUUUUUGUCUCCAUGGUCGAAAUGGAGUGAGUGCUCAGCCAAGUGUGGCCAAACCGGGGUGCAGAAGCGUACCAGAUCCUGCCUAGCUGAGCGCCUCUGGGGCGUGCACUGUAAUGAAGCAACUGAGGAAGGGCGGCUCUGCAUUGGACAUCUUUGCUCAGCCUGCAACCUCACCUGCCCCAUGGGCCGGGUCAACGCCGACUGUGACGCCUGCAUGUGCGAGGACGCGACCCUGCAUGGGAAGGUCUCUCUGGAGGAUGGCUCCCCUGCUACCGACGCCCGGGUCUACCUGCAAGCAAAGAAACUCAAGCUCUUGACAAUGGCUGAUAACAGAGGCAUGUUUAGGAUCCCGGGGGUUUGUCCCGAUGGCAAAAACACCCUUAAAAUCAAGAAAGCCAAAUAUGCGACGGCGACCGUCACCGUGCCUGAGAGCAACAGAAGAAACCUGGGGAUCCACGUGCAGCUGCAACGCUCAGGCAAACCCUAUGUGUUCAGGAGCCCCGAGGACAAAGCCAGGAGAGUGGGACAGAGCGUGGCGCUCUGCUGCGAGGCCCUGGGGAGCCCGGCCCCCGACCGCUACCUCUGGUACCACAACGGCUCCCUGCUGGAUCCCUCCUUAUACAAAUAUAAAAACAACCUGGUUCUGAAGAACUUGAACAGAGACCACUCUGGAGAGUAUUUCUGCAAGGCCAGCAGCGCCGGGGGGUCAGCGAAGUCCCAGCCUGCCCAGCUUGCUGUCAUAGGACGACAAGAGGCACCCUGCAACUCCCAGCCCCAAAGCCACCUCAUCCGACUUCCUCACGACUGCUUCCAAAAAGCAACCAACUCCUUCUACUACGACGUGGGCAAGUGCCCAGCGAAGACCUGCGCUGGGAAGCUGGAUAAGGGGCUGCGGUGCAAGGACAACGUCGCCUACUGCUGCGGGGUGUCCAGGAUGGAAACCAGAGACAUCUCCUGCGACGGCUACACCCUCCCCACUAAAGUCGCCGUAGAAUGCGGCUGCAAAAAAUGCACCGAGACCAAAAUAACGGUUCGAGGCAGAGCCACAGCAGCAGACGACGGGGAGCCCAUGAGGUUUGGCCACAUCUACAUGGGGAACAAGAGAGUGAGUAUGACCGGCUACAAGGGAACCUUCUCGGUCCACGUCCCAGCAGACACAGAGAGACUGGUUCUAACGUUCGUUGAUCGGCUGCAGAAGUUUGUGAACACGACAAAGGUUCUGCCCUUCAAGGAGAAUGGAGGUGCUGUGUUCCACGAGAUCAAGCUACUGAGAAAGAAACCCCCCGUUACGCUGGAAUCCACCGAAACCAACGUGAUUUCUUUGGGAGAAAUAGAAGAAGAUGAUCCAAUUGCUGAGCUAGAAAUUCCCCCCAAUGCCUUUUACAGGAAAAACGGAGAAGCCUACAGAGGCAAAGUGAAAGCCAGCGUGACGUUUCUGGACCCGAGAAACGUCUCGAUGGCCUCUGUGACCCAAAGCGACCUGAACUUUGUGGAUGAGGAAGGAGACGUGUUCCCGCUCCGCACGUACGGCAUGUUUUCCGUGGACUUCACCGACGAGCGGGGCGCCGAGGCCCUUAACGCAGAAGAGGUGAAGGUUCAUUUGGACGCCGAGCAGGUCAAGAUCCCAGAUCACCUGCAAGAGAUGAAGCUUUGGUCCCUGAACCCCGAGACGGGAUUAUGGGAGGAAGAAGGGGACUUCAACAUCGAGAAGAGCCGGCGGCGCAAAAGGGAGGAGAGGACUUUUUUGGUGGGAAACAUGGAGAUCAAAGAAAGGCGGCUGUUUAACCUGGACGUGCCCGAGAGCAGACGGUGCUACGUCAAAGUCCGCGCCUACAGGAGCGAGAGGUUUCUGCAGAGCGAGCAGAUGCAAGGGGUCGUGGUUUCCAUCAUAAACACGGAGCCGGAACCGGGGUUCUCGGCCAACCCCCGAGCCUGGGGCCGCUUCGACAGCGUGGUCACCGGUGCCAACGGCGCCUGCGUGCCCGCCUUCUGCGACGAGCAGAACCCCGAGGCCUACGGAGCUUACAUCCUGGCGAGCCUGGGGGGCGAAGAGCUCGAGGCCGUCCCCUCCGCUCCCAAGCUCAACCCGAACGCCGUUGGGGUGCCACAGCCCUACCUCAACAAGCUCAACUACAGGAGGACAGACCACGAGGACUCCAGCACCAAGAAGACGGCGUUCAGCAUUAACAUGGCCAAGCCAAGCCCCAACUCCCCCGAAGAGAACAACGGCCCCAUUUACGCCUACGAAAACCUAAAAGAAUGCGAGGAAGCUCCACACAGCGCCGCUCACUUCAGGUUCUACAGGAUAGAGGGAGACCGCUACGACUACAACACCGUCCCCUUCAGCGAAGACGACCUCAUGAGCUGGACCGACGACUACCUGGCCUGGUGGCCCAAGCCCAUGGAAUUUAGGGCCUGCUACAUCAAAGUGAAAAUCAACGGGCGCCAGGAGGUGAACGUCAGGUCCCGCAACAUGGGCGGGACGCACCCGCGCACCGUGGGCAAGCUCUAUGGCAUCAGGGACGUGCGCAGCAUCCGGGACGCGGAGCAGCCGGCCGUGUCGGCGGCCUGCCUGGAGUUCAAGUGCAGCGGCAUGCUCUUCGACCAGGACCGCGUCGACCGCACGCUGGUCAAGGUGGUGCCUCAAGGCAGCUGCCGCCGAGAGAGCGUCAACAGCAUGCUCCACGAGUACCUGGUGAACCACCUCCCCAUGGCGACCAACAACGACUCCAGCGAGUACACCAUGCUGGCCCCCCUCGACCCGCUGGGCCACAACUACGGCAUCUACACCGUCACCGACCAAGACCCCAGGAUCGCCAAGGAGAUCGCCCUGGGCCGAUGCUUCGACGGCACGUCCGACGGCACCUCCAGAACCAUGAAGAGCAACGUGGGCGUGGGGUUGACUUUCACCUGUUCGGAGAGGAGCGCGGCGGAGCAGAGCAUCUUCCAGUCCCAGAGGAACUCGGGCCAGCAGUCCGUGCUGGUCCUGCCGGGGCAGAGCCCGACGUCCCGACGGCAGCCGCCGAGCCGCCAAUCCCAAAGCAGGACCCCAAUGAGAGGUCAGCGUCCCGUCGGAUACUAG